ACGUGACAGGGCCCGGAAGCGGCCGCCCGGGGGGCUCAGGCAGCCCCAAAAGGAUGGCGAGGGGUCGCCGCUGAGGCGGGAAGGGUGGGCUGAGCCGCAGCCGGGGCCGGGACCGCAGCCGGAGCUUCGCGCCACCACCAUGUCCACGCAGAGACUUCGGAAUGAAGAUUACCACGACUACAGCUCCACGGACGUGAGCCCCGAGGAAAGCCCCUCGGAAGGGCUGAGCAACUUCUCCUCCGGCUCCUACCAGCGUUUCGGGGAGAGAAACAGCACCACAUUGCUACAGACCUUGAUCCACCUCCUGAAAGGCAACAUCGGCACGGGGCUCCUGGGGCUGCCCUUAGCAGUGAAGAACGCCGGCAUCUUGUUGGGUCCCCUCAGCCUGCUGGUGAUCAGCGUUGUGGCUGUGCAUUGCAUGAGCAUCCUGGUGAAAUGUGCUCACCACUUCUGCCGCAGGCUGAACAAACCCUACAUGGACUAUGGCGACACCGUGAUGUAUGGACUGGAAGCCAACCCCAGCGCCUGGGUCCGGAGCCACGCCCACUGGGGGAGGCACGUCGUAGACUUCUUCCUGAUUGUCACUCAGCUGGGGUUCUGCUGUGUCUACUUCGUGUUCCUGGCUGACAACUUUAAACAGGUGAUAGAAGCCGCCAACGGCACCACCAAUAACUGCCACCACAACGAGACCGUGGUCCUCACCCCCACCAUGGACUCGCGGCUCUACAUGCUCUCCUUCCUGCCCUUCCUGGUGCUCCUGGUUUUCAUCCGCCACCUCCGGGCCCUCACCAUCUUCUCCCUGCUGGCCAACGUCAGCAUGCUGGUCAGCCUGGUGAUGAUAUACCAGUUCAUCGUUCAGAGGAUCCCAGACCCCAGCCACCUGCCUUUGGUGGCAUCGUGGAAGACCUACCCUCUGUUCUUUGGCACGGCCAUUUUCUCCUUUGAAAGCAUCGGAAUGGUUCUGCCCCUUGAAAACAAAAUGAAGGACCCCCAGAAAUUCCCACUCCUCUUGUUCGUGGGGAUGGCCAUUGUCACCACCCUCUACAUCAGCUUGGGGUCUCUGGGGUACCUGCAGUUCGGUGCCAACAUCCAAGGCAGCCUUACCCUCAACCUGCCCAACUGCUGGCUGUACCAAUCUGUCAAGCUGCUCUACUCCUUCGGCAUCUUCUUCACCUACGCGCUGCAGUUCUACGUCCCGGCGGAGAUCAUCAUUCCCUUCUUCGUGUCCCGGGUGCCCGAUCACUGCCGCUUACCCGUCGACCUGUUUGUGCGCACCAUGCUGGUUUGCCUCACCUGCGUGCUGGCCAUCCUCAUCCCGCGCCUGGACCUGGUCAUCUCCCUGGUGGGCUCGGUGAGCAGCAGCGCGCUGGCCCUCAUCAUCCCGCCCCUGCUGGAGAUCACCACGUACUGGGCGGAGGGCAUGAACCCCCUGCUGGUCGCCAAGGACGCCCUCAUCAGCGCCCUGGGCCUCGUGGGCUUCGCGGUGGGCACCUACCAGGCCCUCUACGAGCUGAUCCAGCCGACCAACGCCCCCGUCUCCCUCCACGCCACCCACGCCUCUGCGUAGGAAUCUGGGAGACAUCGCCAGCACCUGCAGGGUCCCCCCCUCCCUGCCCCCCCCCAGAGCCUCACGUGCGGCCAGCCUCUGGGAGAGAAGGGGACACUGUGGGGGCGGGGGGUGGGUACCGCAGGCCAGGUGAGGCUGAGGUUGGGGCCGGGGCAGGUCGCAGACCCAAGGGACAGCGCUUGCUUCCCCUGGUGGCUU